AUGGACACAACAUCUAAAAAGUGCACAAAGUGUAAACAGUUGAUUGAAAUUGCUGAAAUAAUCUGUGACAAAGGAUUUUGUGAGUUAUCAGCAUGGUAUCGUCAAAUAUUUCCGAGUUUGAAGUACCAGUCAGACAAGGCUAUCAGAAAAUUUAUGCAAUUACCGAUGGCUAUCUUCAAGUUGGAAUUAAAUGGUCCUGGAUCGCAACGACUAUACGUAUGCGAAAUCCGUCAAAUGGUAUAUUACAAAGCAUUUUCUCAAUUUUGUCAGACUAUCCUGUCUUCAAACUCCUUCGGGAAACGACAGAAAGGUCUUACCAGAGAAGCUUUGGAUGUUCUGUGUAAACUAGCAAGCUCAGAAUCUGAUCGAUGUCUUAUUAAAUACUCUGUUUGCAAAAGUCAAGGCCUCUCAGCCAAAGCAGCUCGCAAAAACUUUGGUUUUAAUGACUUUCACAAAAAGGAGGAUGAUAUUUUACGAGCUGUAGAGCAAGCAGAAGUCAUUCGGCAAGCUGUUAUGCAGCUAGCUAGUGUAAAGUCCAGUAAGUAGUCCAGUGAAAGAUUAUUUCACAGCGAUGAGAGUUCUUUCAAUGAAGUGUGUGAGAGUCGAGCAGAUUAUGAUCAGCCUGUUGCAAUGUAUCAAAGUGGUGUUUGUGAAGACCAUGAACAAAUAGAAGCUGGAUCUACUUCUAUUACCAGUAAUACAAGAAAUGGGAAUGCUAUUAAUGAAUCAAGCAAUGGUCAAACAGACACUACUGAGUCUCACACCACAUGUAUUAAUAAAUCUGAAGCUACUGGUAUGUUAGGUGACCUCAUUCCUUCAACAGAAGAUAUGCUGUUCAUGUUGUGUUCUAAUGAACUUAACUGGUUGCAUUCGUUGGAGAACUUAAGAUGUGGCUACAAGGUUUGUCUCCAGAUUCAUGGGAUCAAUUAUUGAUUGAUUUUGCAUAUUAUCUAUCUGGCUGUGACAUCGAUGUAGAUGAGAAACAAUUGAUUGAACAGUCAAAGCAAGCAUACUUAGAGAGAGAAAGGCAGUGUAUGAUGGAUGAAAGCAGUGACAUCGUGAGUGACUCCGAAAGCGAUAAUCCAGAUGAUUGGGUUGGAAUAGACAACAUCGCAAGCAAACAAGCAAAGGAAAUGGUGGCAAAGCAAUGGAAACGACUUAAACAACGAUCACGUAUUAAAGCUGCGAAAGCCAUUGUGCAUGCAGGCCUACUCAAGCAGAACGUCACUAAGAAAGUUUCCAGAAUCUUAGAAAAAUAUCCGAACAUUGGUAAGGAAAUAGAAGAUUUCGUCAUUGAGCAAAAGAUAGGAGCAGAUGCAUGGCGUAGGACUGGUGUUUUGACGUUUUCCUAUGGUAAAAAUUAUGAAAACAGCAGUCUUAAAGUGACAUACAAACGUAUUAGGGAACAUCUUGAAGAAAAGUAUCACACAAAAUUUUCACAUGGUACUAUUGUCCAGCUGUGUGUGGCAAUAAAUAAAAGACGAACCAGUGCAAAAUGGUACAAAGGGGUGGCUAAAGUCACAUGUCGCCGAGCCAGGAAGGGUUUUGGACUGAAGCUAAAUCCAGAUGGUUCAUUACAGUACCGCGAUGUAUAA